GCCCAUGCAAGGGCUUGCGACAAUUUUCACCAGUCUCAACAACUGUGGUUGUAAAAGCACUUAACUGACCUGUCUAUCAGAGACUUGCCUACAACCAUUAAAACUGGACGCUUGAAACCGCACUCGCUGCAGUUCGAAGUCAGUGGACGGCACCCGUUCACCAGCUCCUCGCUAACCUGUGACUGUCUACAGAAGCCAAUCCUACGCUUAUAUACCUAUAAAACCAGGGACAGUCUAAGGCGACACCGAAGGAGCUAGUUUGUGACUGCCCUACGCGGACGCACGCUUCCUUCCCCGAACCCAGAAAUGCAAUGAACCAUAAAGCAUUGCUGGUAAAGCCACAAGCGCCCGCGCACCCGGCUGGAGGGCGAGCGGGCGUCCAGGGUGCUAAAGGCCUUGAACUGGCCUGGCAGGACAGGUUGUGAGGAUGACAACGCGUAGUCCAUAUAACGCAUAUUUACAGCGGCCAGGCUCGCCGGCCAAAGCUGCCCAGGCAGCGCUCAGGGCGUCGGCACCCGAUGGAGCAGGAGGCCGAAGUGCCGCUCUGCCGCCAGACGGCGCGCUGAGCAGCUCGAUGACCGUCGAUUCGGGCUGGGGGCUCAAUGCGAUGCUUCGAAGCAGCGCGGGCAGCGGCACACCCUCGCCGCGACCACCCUCGGGGGGCCCUAGCCCACCUCGCGGCGACGUCGGCACCAGCAAGUCGCCGAUGGCCUUCCGCGCUCGUCGCUUCAAUAACGGCGCCAGCACCGGCGCGGCACCCGAGACCACCGCCGCCGGCACGAGCGGCGACGGCUCUUCAGCUUCCGGCACGGGCGGUGGCGGCGGCGACCGGGUGCGGCGGAGAAGCGGCGCGGAGAACGCCGUGGCUGCCAGCAGCCCAGCGUCGCCGUCGGGCGCGCUGGCGCGCCAGUUGAGCGCCAGCUCCGCCGCCUCCGCCGCCCCAGCACGGCCGUCCACCAGCCCCGCCGGCACCAUCCUGGCCACCUACGCAAACGGGCCGGGCUCGCUUUCAGGCAACAGCAGCUCCGGUGCCGCCGGGGCCGGGCCGCAGAACGGCGUGCUCAGCGGCGGCGGCGGCGGCGGCGGCGGCGACGGCAGGGCGGGGCAGGGGGGUCCAGGGCGACCGCGCAGCUCGGGCGGCAACUCGGUGUCCACCACGACGUCCGGCUCGGCGCCGGGCGCCAAGGUGCUGCGCAACCGGCUGGCGGAGGACACUGGCGGGCACGCCGCUGGCACGCCGACGCUGUCGUUGCGGGAAAAAGUCGUCAACCUGCAAAAAGCAAACAAGGCGCUUGAGCAGCAGCUCGCGGAGGCGGCGGCAGAGGCGCAGCAGCGCGCGGCGCAGCAGCACGAGGCGCACGCGGCGGCUCUGGCGGCGCUGCAGCAGCGGAUGGCGGCGCUGGAGGCCUCGCUGCGGGAGCAGCAGCAGUCGGCGGCGGAGAUGGCCCAGCGCAACGGCCAGCUGUCAUCUAGCCAGGCUGAGCUUACGGCGCAGCUGGCGGAGGCAAAGCGCGCGGCUGCGCAAGCCGCCGCCGCCUCCAGCCAUUCACCUUCAUCUCCAUCACCAUCUCUUUCAUCCUUAGACGCCACAACGCCGACAAAGUCGCUGCCGACGGUGAGCACGCCGCCGGCGCUGGGCCGCGAGAAGUCGCUUGUGGACGUGCACACGUCGCCGUCAGGCGCGCCUGGCAGCGGCGGCGCCGCCUCCGGCGACGGGCCGCACUCGCCUCGCACGCCUCUUGGCUGGGACGCCGGCGCUGCCAGCAGCCCCAUCAGCAGCUCCACAAGCAGCAGCAGCACCGCCAGCAAUGGCAACGGCAGCGGCAGCGGCGUCAUCCAGCGGCGCGUGUCGGAGGACACGCCGCCAGCGCACCCACACAUCCGGCCCACGUCGCCUACCGAGGCGCAGCAGCAGCCCGGCAACACGACGUCGCUGCGCCCGCACACCGCGCCCCACUCCGACUACCUCAAUCGCAGCCUCUCGCUCGGCAACGUCGUGCCUCCAACGCCCCCGCUCGGCGCCGGCAGCUCCGGCCCCGGCUCCAGCAGCGGCGGCGCCGCCGAGUCCGUGCUCGUCUUCUCGCCCUCCGAACCCGACCUCUCGCCCGACCUCGAAACCCGCGGCCUGCUGCGCCUCAACUCCCUCCCUGGGCCGGGCGGGUUGGGCGUGGCCUCCACCUCACCCAACACCAGCGUCGGCGGCGGCGCCGGAGGCGCCGGCGUAACCGCCUCGCGCACGCUGGAGGGCAGCGCUCUGUACCUGGCGGGUGUGGGCCCGCCGCCCAUGUCGCCUGUGGCGGCGGCGGCGGGGCUGUCGGGCGCGGGCGUGGCGCUGCUGGCGAAGCAGAAGAAGCAGAUCGCGACGCUGAGGGCGCAGCUGCAGCAGAAGGACAGCGCGUACGCGUUCCUGGCCAACGAGCACUCGGAGCUGGAGGGGCAGCUCAAAGAGGUGGAGGCGGCCAAGCGGGAGUACGCCGCCAGAUACGCCUUCAUGGUGUUGGACCAGGACCUGGACGGCCACAUCCGGGUGGACCAGGUCAGCAGCUUCGACAUGUUCGGCUGCUACGCGCCGGCGGUGCUGGAGUACGCCUUCAAGCACUGGCGCUUCGCCUCGGGCUUCAAGGGCUACCUGAACAUGGACGACUUCGUCCGGUUUGUGACUCUGGCGGACGACCGCACCAGUAAGGACUCGCAGCGCUUCUGGUUCGGCGUCUUGGACCAGGAUGGCGACGGCGCUGUGAGCGCGGAGGACGCCAAGUGGUUCUACGACUCGAUCGAGAAGGACGAGAACACCUUUGUCGUGAGCUUCGAGGACCUAUGGCACCAGUUGUUGGACAUGACGCAGCCGGCAAAGCCGCGGCGUGGCUUCACCAGCGCUGACCUGUGGAAGUGCAAGCUGGGCGCAGGCGCCAUUGGGCUGCUGCUGAACCACAACAACAUGCUGCUGCACCGCACCACCGCGGAGUGGGGCCGCGGCGAUUUCCCGCUGUAAUGAGUGCGGGAGCCGUAGCGGCGUGCGCGUACGUGUGUUGAAGGGGAAACAAGAACAAAACAAUGUGUUUGUGUCUGUGUGUUUAGGAUAGGUGGGGUGCAGCUUGUUGAGGCACGUGUUGCGUGAGGCACCGUGCGUUGGCGCUGCUGCGCUGGGGCUGUCGCUGAUGCUCUGUUUGGAGGGAAGCAGCUUUGAUGCGGCGAAUGAGCUGGUGGCAAUGCCAGCAGCAGUGACGAGCUCAGGAGCAGGUUUCUGUGGUGCAGGCACAUAUGCGUGAGCCGGCCUUCGGGCCAGACACAUCCAGAGCAGUGAUGCAACAGAAGAUAGAUGAACGGGAUUGGUGGAGGCUGAAACGUAAAGCCAUGCAUAGGCCUAGACCUGGGUGGAGGAUUAGCAAGCCAACAGGCAAUCAGCAGGCCGCGUGUCCUUCAUCCUGUGUGCAGGAGUUUAGCAGGGGUGUUCGGCAAGCGGCCGGGGGCGGGGCCGUCUAUUUUGACUGGCCCUCAGGCAGAUUCAUGUUAACCAAUCAAACCCCAGGCCAAGGGGCGUUUGCAUUUCCAUCCAGUCAUUGUUGUGCUCGCUUGAAACCGUUCGAUGUGGACAGGGGGCAUUGUGCGGUAGGCAUGCGUGUGUUAUGGCUUGUGCCGCCACAAAGCCGUUCGUUGUGUUGACGAGCUGCAUGUACGGCAUGCAGCUGUUUAUUUCGGGGUAGUUGACGUGACAAGGAGGUCGGUGGUACGGGGCGCUGUCAACGCUGCUGCUGCUACAUGAGAUAUCCUGUGACCAGACUCUAAUGGACCUGGACCAUGCCAGGGACCUGGACCAUGUCCAGUGGAUUCAUUGUCAUCAAGCGUGACUGGCAGACGAGAGUACAGUACGGGGUGGGGAUUGAAGGUCCACCAGUACGGUGUUGCCUUGUUCAUUGCGGGCUAGCGGGGCCGGGCCGUGUGGCCAGGGAUAGCUUCUGAGCGGUCGUGCUGUCUGCCGUUCUGCGUGAAGCCCAUACGGUCCGACAUGCCCGGUGGGCCCGAGCGCGACUUGAAACUGGGACCGACAGAGCGACCUAAAGCAUACGGUAUGUGAGUACCGUUGGUUGGGGGCCUUUGAGCUGCGACGAGCUGGCAACGGUGUAGGCGUCCACUGUAGCCCCCACUGGCCUGCACGAGCUGUGGCCCAUGCACAUGGUUUGAGGCCUUUAGCGUGCGCGUGAUGUAACGUCUUUCAUUCAUUAAAC